AUAGCGAUCGCGUUAUCAAGGAAGCGAGUCGAUUAUUGCGAAAGGGUCAACUUGGCUCGUGAUUUCACGAUAUCUGUAGACCAAACGUUUCCCAUACAUAAAUAACGCCUCGCCUACGUCUACCGCGUUAUAUGGCCCCAUUAUAUCCUAUUAUAUCAAGCAGCUAUUAUAUGGGAUUAUAUUUUAUCGUAACGUCGUGUCUCGACGGCGACGUAACGACGAAUGCGGCUGAUUCAUCGCCUAAAUCGGCGCACGUUCUCUUAUAUUGCUUUUCGAAAGAUUUCGACGACACGAGAUGCGUAAAAUUAAGCUGCAAUGAAAGUCAUAUAUCGAGCUUUUCGAGAAAUCGUUCUCGAUAUCGAAGCAAAAAUAAAAAGGUCGAAGAAGGUUAGGUACGAGAAGCCCGCACAGAUGAUCACGGAUCCAUUCGUUCCAAUCUGAUUCAAUUUAACUUCUUAGUUUCUUCGUGCUUUUUGCCGUUUGCCAAGAAAUAACGAAAUGAGUAGUGCGUUAUCGUCGAACGAUCGCGGAUUAAUAAAUUGUCCUCGAAGAAGAUCGUAAAGAAACGACCGUUACUUACUCAAAACGAUGGAAUUCGGGGAAAGACGCCUAGGGGACAAAUUUCCAUGUUGUUCCGAAAAAAGUCGGUCCGUUGCUUCCUCAACUUUGAGAGUGCCAUCUACGAGGAAAAGUCUCGCGGAACAACUCGAACCCAUGACCGACGUUACCAGCAUACGGGAAGUUAUCCAACGAGUUCGUUGCGGCGAUAUAAGGAACACGGCGGAAUUUGUUUUCAACAUUAUGCAUCGCGUGAAGGACGGUGGAGGAGGAACGGUUCUUCGAGAAAUUUUUGAAAAGAACUUGCAGUAUUUUCGUGAGAUAGUGGAAGAUACCAUCGACCGACGGAUACAGGACGAAGUCGACGUGAUGAUUCACGCGCAAAAUGACAUCAAAGAAAAAUUUCAAACGUUAUCGGAAACGAUAGCUCGUAGAAUAACGAAAAUCAAGAAACGUCUUUAUGAGAUCUCGCCUGACUUUGAUUGGUUGACCGAUGGAAAAGACAGAAAGAAACUUUCGAUAAGGGUCGCCAGACUGAGGAACAGCCCGGUGCAAGGGAAAAACUCCUUCACCAAGUUUUCAUACGAGGACAAUGGCUGGAGAAAGAGUUGUCGCGUUUACAGGAAGAAAACGCCAAGCUUAGAAUUUAUUUGGAGAAAUUUCGGUGUUUGGCGAAGGAAAGAAAGGCACAUGAAUUACACGUGCCGCGGAUCUUGCAAACGGAGAGAGAAAAUCUCGACAAAGAAUUGAAUGAGCUGCGUAAAAUUUACAAACGAAACUUGU